AUGGCUGAUAAGAAACCGAAUUUAAUCUUGAUCCCGAGGCUGAUCAAGACCGGAGCGAAUUUUCUUAUUGUGAGUUGUUCCUUGAAUGCCAUUAUAACAGGUGGAAAAGAUGUUGAUAUAGAUGCCAAAAACGAGAGGAAUAGCCUUGAGUAUGAGAAAGGAGCCAGGGAGUUUGUGUCUUCUUCAUCAAGACGUUUAGGCGAUCCAGCUGAAAUGUUCUGCCCUUGUCUUGAUUGCCGCAAUGUCUGCCAUCAAUCUACUGAGACAGUUUUCGAGCAUCUGGUGAUAAGAGGAAUGGAUCAGAAGUACAAGAUUUGCAAAUUUUGGACUAAACAUGGGGAUACAAGGCCUCAUAAGUCAGCUGAUGUCUACUCGUCUGAAAAUGAGGCUUACGAGUUGUUUAGAACAAGCUUCAUGGCAAAUGAAGGCAAUGGAGCAGCUCAGCAAGAGAAUGCAGAAGCGUUUGAGGUAACUGACAGGCCAGAAGAAGCUGAGUUCAGAAAGAAAUUAGAGGAUGCAGAGACUCCAUUGUACCCGAAGUGUAUUAAAUACACGAAGGUAGCUGCAAUUAUGGGACUUUACAGGAUAAAAGUCAAGAGUGGGAUGUCUGAGAACUAUUUUGUUCAGCUACUGUCAUUAGUUCAUGACAUGCUUCCCGCGGACACUGUUCUACCUAAGUCUACAGAUGAGGUGAAGAAGUUCCUGAAACAGUUUGGUUUUGGCUAUGAUGUCAUCCACGCCUGCAAGAAUGACUGUAUUCUUUAUAGAAAACACUAUGAGAAUGCGGUCAGCUGUCCAAGAUGUAGUGAAUCAAGAUGGGAGAAGGAUAAGCAGACUCGUGAGGAGAAGAAAGGGAUUCCUGCUAAGGUUAACAACAAAUGUCCGGAGUUCGCAGCUGAAGCAAGAAACCUUAGACUAGGUAUUUCAACAGAUGGCAUGAAUCCUUUCGCCAUUCAGAACACCAAGUAUAGCACAUGGCCUGUUCUACUAGUCAACUACAAUAUGGCUCCAACGCAGUGUAUGAAAUCUGAGAACAUCAUGUUAACAAUGUUGAUACCUGGCCCAACCGCACCUAGCAACAACAUUGAUGUAUAUCUACAGCCAUUUAUAGAGGACUUGAACGAAUUGUGGAAGGAAGGCAUGGAAGUCUAUGAUUCUUUUAAGAAGGAGAGUUUUACUCUAAGAGCGAUGAUGUUGUGGAGUAUCACUGAUUAUCCUGGUUUAGGGACAUUAGUUGGGUGCAAAGUGAAGGGGAAGCAAGCGUGUAAUGUAUGUGGGAAGGAUACACCUCAUCGGUGGCUAAAGUUUAGUCGCAAAUAUGUUUACAUGGGGAACAGGAAGUGGCUGAUGCCUAGUCAUCCUUACAGACGAAGGAAAGGAUGGUUUGACAACAUGGUGGAGGUUGGUACUGCGAAGAGGAUUCAGAGUGGUUCGGAAAUAUUUGACAGUCUAAGGGACUUCAAAAACGAUUUUGGAAAACAUUUACCUAAGAAGAAUAAGCGAAAAAGGACUGAAGGAGAUGAGGAUGAUGGUGUUUCAGCUGACGAGUACGAAGAAGAUGAUGAUAUGUGGCGGUGGAAGAAGAAGUCUAUCUUCUUCGAGUUACCUUAUUGGAAGGAUAUGUCUGUGAGGCAUAACAUCGACGUAAUGCACGUGGAAAAGAAUGUGUCUGAUGCGCUGUUGUCUAUUCUGAUGCAUAGUGGGAAGUAUAAGGAUGGCCUGAAAGCAAGAAAGGAUUUAGAAGACAUGGGUAUUAGAAGCAACUUACAUACAGAGAUAAGGGGGAAGAGAACUUACUUGCCUCCAGCUGCGUAUUGGCUUUCUAAGGAAGAAAAAAAGAAAUUCUGCAGACGGUUAUCAAACUUCAGAGGGCCUGAUGGAUAUUGUGCCAAUAUAUCAAAUUGUAUCUCACUGGAUCCUCCCGGCAUUGGCAGCAUGAAGUCACAUGACCAUCAUGUUCUUAUGCAGAAUCUGUUUCCGGUAGCAUUGAGAGGUUUACUACCAAAAGGACCUCGGACUGCAGUGACUCGUAUAUGCAAUUACUUCAACAGACUCUGCCAACGCAUUAUUGAUCCAGAGAAGCUACUAGCACUAGAAUCAGAGAUCGUCGAGACAAUGUGCCAGCUUGAGAGAUUCUUUCCACCAUCACUGUUUGACAUCAUGUUUCACCUUCCAUUGCAUCUAGCACGAGAAGCACGCUUAGGUGGCCAUGUACACUUCAGGUGGAUGUAUCCCUUUGAGAGGUAA